AAGCAACAUCAAUUUUGUUUUCGUGCAGCAAUCAAGAAAAUUGAACAAUGACAGGGAUGUGGUCUUUAAUCAAGGACAUUGAUCAUACCAAAACAACCUGGGCUCUAAAGGUUAGAGUGGUAAGGGCAUAUGAAGUUCCCCCUCACUCGAAAGGAGGGGAAACACUAGAGAUGGUUUUGCACGAUGCUGAGGGUGAUCGAAUUCAUGCAAUAAUCAAGAGGCCACAAAUUGCAAUGUACAGGCCUGUGAUAACCGAAAACAACAUCUAUGCAAUAAGAAAUUUUUUAGUGCUGGACAACUACCAAACAGUGAAGACCACAGAUCAUCCUUACCUAAUUCAGUUCAUCUCUAAAACUCAGUUCAUAAGGGAUACCAAGACAGUGCUGCCUAUGAUGGUUUAUGAUUUCCAACCUUUUGAUAUGUUACACGCACAAAGGGUUGUGAAUGACAAAAGUCUCAUUGAUAUUAUCGGGAAGGUGAUCGGGAAGGGCGUUGUCCAGACCCACAUUUCCAGCGGUAAGACAGACAGGCAUAUGGAACUAACUUUGGCGGACCCAGAGGGUAACCGAC